AUGCCUUUCUCACGCUCCAUCAACAUUGUUGGAUGCCAUGCCGAAGGCGAGGUGGGCGAUGUGAUCAUCGGCGGAGUCUUAGAUGUGCCCGGCAAAACGAUGUUUGACAAGCUCGUUCAUUUCGAAACCAAAAAAGACAGCCUGCGUCAACUGCUUCUCAACGAGCCCCGCGGUCGGUCGUCCAUGAAUACCAAUCUCGUCCUUCCGCCCUGUGACCCGCGUGCGGAUGCUGGCUUCUUGAUCAUGGAGAGUGAAGAAUAUGCGCCCAUGUCCGGCUCCAAUAUCAUCUGUACCACAACUGUGCUAUUGGAGACUGGGAUGAUCCCAAUGACAGAACCCGUUACCAAAGUAACAUUGGAUACUGCCGCCGGGUUGGUGACGGUCACCGCGGAAUGUGAAGGAGGGAAAUGUAAAAAUGUGGAGUUCGACAAUGUUCCUGCAUUUGCUUUGGAAUUAGACUACAAAGUCCAAGUGCCCGGGAUGGGGCAAGUAUCUGUCGACAUUGCAUAUGGAGGCAUGAUGUAUGUAUUAGUUGAUGCCGCUUCCCUGGGAUUGGUAGUCGACAACCAACACGCCCGUCAAUUAGUGGAGAUUGCGGAGAAAAUCAAACGUGCGGUGGAGGCUGCGUAUACUCCGGUUCAUCCUGAAAACCCUGGUAUCAGGGGAUUUAGCGUCCUGGAAUACACAGUGCCCUUGAGAAUGGAAGCCGGCACUAAGGUGGCAAUGAACGCAGUCGUGGUCUCGCCAGGGCGAUUUGAUCGCAGUCCCUGCGGCACCGGAACAUCUGCGCGCUUAGCGGUGAUGCAUUCUAGAGGCCAAAUCAAAGAGGGAGAAGUCUUCAAGCACCGGAGCAUCCUGGGCACUGAGUUUGUUAGCCGAAUUCGGGGCAUCACGAAGGUCGGGAAAUACUCUGCUGUCCUGCCGUCUGUCAAGGGUCGAGCUUGGAUUACAAGCUUCAAGCAGGUCGUUCUGGAUAUAACAGAUCCUUUUCCAGAGGGAUUUAGAGUUGGAGACCAGUGGCAUCUGGCACCGAACUAG